AAAGUCUGUUAGCGAAAGCGUCUCCGCCAUCCAAUAGGGGGGAGUUCUAUCACAUGUCCUUGUGUGCGCCCAAUCAGAAGCGUCCUUGUGAUUAGGUUCGAGAUUUUGAAUCUGGUCGAUGGCUGCUUGCGCUGGAGGAGAAUGAGUUCUAUGCAGUGAGGCGGCUCUUGUCUUACGUGCCUCCAUUUAUACCUGCAUUUUCUCCAGUGAGCUCGCUAUUGCUGCUACCAGUCUUUCUUCAGUCCUGCGGACCGCGAGUAUUAAAACAACAUGAUGGGUGACAACAGCAUGCUGGCACAGACUGCAGGAAAGAGUCUCCUAGCUGACUCCUCCGUGUUUGACUCUAAAAUUACAGAGACCUCCAAAGAUAACCUGUUUGCUGGCUCUGCAGAUCUUGAUGAAGAAAUGCCACAGAUUGAAACUAGAGUGGUUUUAGUUGAAGACGCUGGAAGAAAUGAAGAGUUGAUAAAGGCCCUUGAGGAAAUCAAGGUACCCUGCAUCAAAACAGAUUCCGUUGAAGAAUUUGUAGAAGCUGACACCCCAGAGUUCGAGUCAGUGUUUGUCAUAUCAGACUUUCAGAAACCUGCGUAUCGAUUCCUUUACAAAGCUGACUGCAGAGUGCUUGGCCCCCCUAUCAUAUUAUAUUGUGCGCAGAAAGGAGAGCCUUUGCCUUUUACAUCCCGACCCCUCUACUGUGCAAAUAUGCUAAAUCUAGUAUUGUGCUUCACUGGUUUUAGAAAGAAAGAAGAAUUGGUAAAACUAGUAAACUUGGUUCACCACAUGGGAGGUACGAUAAGGAAAGACUUCAGCUCAAAGGUUACCCAUCUUAUAGCCAAUUCAACUCAUGGAGAUAAAUUUAGGGUUGCAGUUAGUCUUGGAACUCCUAUAAUGAGGGCUGACUGGAUUAUCCAAGCUUGGGAGAAAAGGAAUGAACUUGAUUUCAGUGCAACAAAUGAAGAGUUCAAAAAUCAGUUUAAGGUUUCUCCAUUCCAAGACUGCAUAUUAAGUUUUCUGGGGUUUUCCGAUGAAGACCGAGUCGGCAUGGAAGAAAUGACUGAAAUGCAAGGGGGGACAUUUUUGCCUGUUGGAGAUGAAAAAUGCACUCAUCUUGUGGUUGAGGAAAAUUCUGUAAAAGAGUUGCCAUUUGAACCUCCUAAGAAGCUGUAUGUGGUGAAGCAAGAGUGGUUUUGGGGAAGUAUCCAAAUGGAUGCCAGAGCAGGAGAAACGAUGUAUCUGUUUGAAAAGAAUGAUAGUCCAGCUCUCAAAAAAUCUGUCUCUCUGCUCUCCUUGAACACACCAAGCAGCAAUCGUAAGAAACGUCGCUUAAAAGAUACUCUUGCUCAGUUAACCAGGGAGACGGACCUCACUCCUUUUCCUCCUCGAAAACGUCCAUCAGCCGAACAUUCCCUUUCUAUUGGAUCUCUGCUAGAUAUUUCAAACACACCCGAGUCAGGGAAAUCUUUUUCAGAUACACCGAAAAUUAUAAAGCCUUCAAAAGUAUCCGCUCCUGUACCCCAGCAAUCUGCAAGGUGGCAAGUUGCUAUGGAACUGUAUCAGACUGAGAGUAAUUAUGUUGAUAUUUUAACUACAAUUGUACAGCUUUUUCAACUUCCAUUGGAGAAAGAGGGGCAGCUAGGAGGCCCAAUUCUUGCUCAAGAAGAAAUCAAAACGAUUUUUGGCAGUAUCCCAGAUAUUCUUGAUGUUCACACUAACAUAAAGGGUCACCUGGAAAAACUUAUGAUUGACUGGGCUGACAGCAAAAGUGUUGGGGAAAUUAUCCUCACCUAUUCUAAAGAUCUAGUGAAAAUCUAUCCACCUUUCGUCAACUUCUUUGAAAUGAGCAAGGAAACUAUUAUAAAGUGUGAAAAACAGAAGCCUAGAUUCCACGCUUUUCUAAAGAUCAACCAAUCGAAGCCUGAAUGUGGACGACAAACUUUAGUUGAGUUGCUCAUUAGACCCGUUCAACGGUUACCAAGCGUUGCUCUUCUUCUGAAUGAUCUUAAAAAGCACACGGCUGAUGAUAAUCCAGACAAAUUGAUGUUGGAGAAAGCAAUUGAUUCAUUAAAAGAAGUCAUGACGCACAUUAAUGAAGAUAAAAGGAAGACUGAAGGGCAGAAGCAGAUUUUCGAUGUUGUCUAUGAAGUUGAUGGAUGUCCUGCAAAUCUAUUAUCUUCCCACAGAAUGUUAGUGCAGCGUGUGGAAACAGUUGCACUUGGUGAAGAUCUUUGUGAUCGAGGAGAGCAAGUUACACUUUUCCUGUUUAAUGACUGCCUUGAGAUUGCAAGGAAGCGGCAUAAGGUUAUAGGUGCAUUCAAGAGCCCUCAUGGGCAAACCAGACCUCCUGCAUGCUUGAAACACAUAUACUUAAUGCCUCUUUCACAGAUUAAAAAAGUUCUUGACGUCAAAGAAACUGAAGAGUGCCAUAAUGCAUUUGCAUUGGUAGUGCGACCUCCAACAGAACAGACAAACCAGUUAUUUAGUUUCCAGCUGACAACAGAGGAGCUUCCUAAAGUGGAUUGGCUGAGGAUGCUGUGCCGGCAUGUAGCCAACACCAUUUGUAAAGCAGAUGCUGAAAAUCUGAUUUAUUCUACUGAUCCCGAUUCACUGGAAGUGAGCACAAAGGAUGUGGACAGUACAUUGAGUAGAGCAUCAAGGGCCAUAAAGAAAACUUCUAAGAAAGUUACAAGAGCCUUUUCGUUCACCAAAACUCCCAAGAGAGCUAUUCAGAGGGCUCUCAUGGUACAAAAUGCCGAUGGCCGAAGCCCUGGCACAAGCAGUGAAGGUUUUGCAAGCUGCCGUAUGCCAAGCACCACAUCUCUUGCAAUAUCUCGUUCCUCCUCUACCUUCAGCAUUAAUGGACCAAGCAAAAUCCCUAGUGUUCAGCGAUCCAAUUCUCUUGACGGGAGCCCUAGAUCCCGUCCUGUUCUUUGCCCAGGCUCCCCUAGCAGCCCCAUGGCUCAUUCUCUAAGAGGGACAGCCAAUCAGUCCAGCCCUCCAUUAUCUCCUUUCAUUGGGAAGUUUUGCAAAACCCUAGUUGUUCCACAAAAUAGAACAUCAGGGUGUACAGGCCAGAGUCAACAAAGCGACGAAUCUCCCUGCGUCAAGAAAUCAUUGAGCAUGAAAAGGGAGACUGCGCUCUGAACUGUAUUAUGCUGUUCCAUCUCCGUCCCUGGUAAACCUGUCAUCCUUGUUUGAGAGGAAGUACCAUACAUUUAGCCGAUCAACGACGCACCUUAUAUGAAAGUGCUGAAAUCCUUCUCUUCCUGCAACUGACACAAGCAGCUGGCUGUUAAAAGACUUAUUUCAGUUCCAGCACGGUACUUAAUAGCACUUCAUAAAAAACAAAGAUGAAGACUUUUUUUUUUUUUUUUUUUUUUUUUUGAUAUAAUAAAGCUAGACUGAAUGUGUAAUUGGCAUUGUUUUAUUGUGCUUUUCCAUUUGGUAUUCAUUUAUGUGUAAUAUAUGUACAUGUUCUGCCGUAAUCUAUUGUUAGUAAUUAUUUGUAAGCCAUAAAUAUAUAUGGAUCUUUAGAGAAAGAAGUUCAGUGAAUUCUUGAGUAGAUAAAAACAGUUCAUGUGACGGUUUGUUUUUUCUUGUUUGUUUUUUUUCUUUUUGACACUUAUUUCUUUCAAAUAACAUUCAAAAUCAAUCAAAAGCCCUUUGAGGUAUAUUUUUCAGGAUUCGUCUGUCUAAAAUGGAGAAAACCUCAUUUAAAAUUAAUUUAAAAAAUAAAACAUUUAGAAUCACUGCCAAUUUUACGUUUGCUGAAAUGUUGAUUUUACUCCUAUUUAUUUAUAGCCAGAAGAUUUGGUUUUUAAUGCAAGAAAAUUGUGGUAAUGAUGAUCAUUCUCACGCUCAUACACAUGGCUUUCUUUCCUCAUCUCCACACUACGUUUUUCUUGUAUAUUUAUUGGGAGACUGAAAGCUGUCGACAUAUCAAGGAACGCAAACUGCUUGAUUUUAAAACGGUUUGUAAAAAGGCAAAAAAAAAAAGACAACUGUAUCUUGUUUGUAAAUAAAACUUGUAAAGCCAAACUUUUCUUUUGCAUCGAGAAAUUAUUUUACUUUAAACCUUUUAAUAUUAUAAAACAUAAUAUAUCUA